AUGCCCCUCUCACAGAACCCGGGCACGGCUAUCGGCGUUCUCGCGGGCGACCCAGCGCGCGAAUCCAUCACAGAGGGGCUGUUGGAGGGCCACCAAUAUGGGAUUUUCGCCUUCCUCCACAACAUCUGCCUUAUCACCUUCACCUUCAUAUGCCUAUUCUCAGGCCUGUACGUUGGGCUAAUGCUUUGUGGUUGUGUUUUUCAUCACGUAGGCUUCAACAAAAAUAUGGCUUCAGAUACUGUACCUUCUACUCCAGUCUACCAUAACGACCGCUCAGAUCGACCCAUCCGACCGCUCCCUAAACGCCGCCUCCGCGAACGUCUGUCGCCCGAGGUCGCUGAUGCGAUCGAAUAUCCACCGGCACGCCAAUCGGCGCCUGCUCUGUUUUCAUACCCAUGUAACCUCAAAGGAGCGCUGUUGGAGGAAGAGUCGAGCUCGGGCAUCAAAGACCCUCGUCCAGAUCUCCCAGGCCGUCCCACGCCUCGAAGGAAUGGAGUCAGUGCCGCGUGUGAGAUGGACGAGGUCUCGACCAGGAGAGCUGUGGUGGCCCGACCGCCGACGGAGUCUCUAGGUCGUUCGCCGCGGCUGCUGCAAAAAUCCGAUAUGGCGCGACAGGGUCAUGCGCCACAGCCUCCACCCUCGGCAUCUUCGUCGGCCGACGGGUAUGACUCUUUCGAGAACACAAAUAACAAAAAGAAGAGGAAGAUUCCGACGGCGGGAGAGAUGAACGGAGCCCAUGGCCUUAGCGACCACGGGUUAAACGACACCCACGCCGCGUCCCCUGGCUUGGCAGCAAUACCAGACAGACCAGGAGAGAAUGGGAAUUCUACCUCAGUGCCCUACUACGGAUCGGGAAGUUUCGUGUCUGCCGGCCAAAACGUCUCUGGUCCUGGGCGGGGCCGAUUUGGGAGGGCGAGAAAUGGCCACUGGUCCCCCACGGUCCAAAGCACCGGCAUUAUUUCUAACGCGAUUGCCAACGCAGAAAAACUCCCCGCUCUAGAAGGCCAGGAAAACACCAGCCUACUCCACCAACAGCAAUCGGUCAAGUCGACCCCAGCGACCACGCAGUUCACUUUCACAUGUGACUCUCAAGUCCCGGGAACUUUAGCCUGGCCAGGCUCCGACCCCAAGAUGUCCAAUUCGGCUGCAAUGGAUUACAACCAAGCCGCAGCAGGAGGCUACACGCACCCGCGUGCUACUCAGGGCCACCAGGUGGUAGGCGCCAUGGGCACUCCCGGCCAAGAAGGUGCCCCCUCAGAAAGCAGCUUGCGUGGCGAAGCUCCUCAGUCUGCGGCAACUCUGGAACGGAAGAAUCGACGUCGAGCGGCCAGAGACUUGCAUCUCCAAGCCAGGAAGCGUCGGGAGGGGACUGCGAGGCAAAACUUCCUCAACCCGCCCAAGCUCGAGGAUCAAUGGAUUUGCGAGUUCUGCGAGUACGAGCGCAUUUUUGGCUAUCCGCCAGUAGCUCUGAUUCGACAGUACGAGAUCAAGGAUAGGAAAAUUCGCCAGCAAGAGGAGGAACGACGUCGGGUGUGGGAGAAGGCUAAGGCGAGAAGCCGCAAGGGCAAGAAGAGCAAGGCGCCGUCCAAGAACAGCGCCAACAACAGUGGGAACGGCAACGGAAACGGCAACAACGUGCACAGUCACGCGAAUGACGCACAUGCAGCACCGUCGAUGAACCACACGCAGAGUCAGGAUACGCAGAGCGACGUAUUCGAUGACGAGGAGUACGAGGGAGAGGGCAAUUACGAGCUUGAUCCAAGCCAAGCACCGGCCGACUUUGGUCGUUCUCAAAAGACAGAUCACGGUACAGCCGAACAUGAUCACGGCGGUGGUGCAGGCGGGGGAGGGGGCACAGGAGCAGAGGGAGUACGAAUUGAGGGAGAGCGGGGCAAGAUCUAA